AUGACUAAUGUAGAUCCUUAUGCUAUUGAUAGAGCUGCUAGACUACAUAGAAAUGCUGCCUCUGUAAGUGAAGCAAGUUGUACCUGGAGUGGUCAAUUACCACCAAGAACUUAUAAAAACCCUACAUAUUCCUGUAAAGUUUUCCUGGGUGGUGUUCCCUGGGAUAUAACUGAACCUGGUUUACAGGCUGCUUUCAGUAAAUUUGGUUCUUUGAAAAUUGAAUGGCCAGGCAAGGAUGGUUAUGUUUAUCUAUUAUUUGAUUGUGAGAAGUCAGUUCGAGCGUUGUUACAAUCCUGUACACAUGACUUCAGUAGUGGUGAUUACUAUUAUAAAAUAUCUAGUCGUAGAAUGAGAUCAAAGGAGGUUCAAGUAAUACCAUGGGUAUUGGGAGAUAGCAAUCAUGUCCGUCAACCAUCACAGAGACUAGAUUCUAAUAAAACUAUAUUUGUUGGUGCUCUACAUGGUAUGAUAACAGCUGAAGCUCUGGCCUGUAUUAUGAAUGAUUUGUUUGCUAAUGUUGUUUAUGCUGGAAUAGAUACUGAUAAACACAAGUAUCCAAUAGGAUCUGGAAGAGUCACAUUUAGUAAUAGAAAGAGUUAUAUGAAAGCUGUCCAAGCUGCAUUUAUUGAAAUUAAAACAACAAAAUUCAGUAAGAAGAUUCAGAUUGAUCCAUAUCUAGAUGAUGCUAUAUGUUCAAUGUGCAGUAUUCAACAAGGUCCAUAUUUUUGUCGAGAGUUGGUGUGUUUUAAGUAUUUCUGUCGUUCAUGUUGGUAUUGGCAACAUGCUAUAGAGAAUAUGAGACACCAUAAACCAUUAACAAGGAAUACUAAAAAUACCAGUCUUUCCAUUUAAACAGAUUAUGAUCAAUGACAUUUUGGAUACAGAAAGAAAAUAACACAUUUUUUACAAGAUUUUUUUUUGUUAUUUUAUUUAUAUUAUGUUGAAUUUUAUGCACAGUUGAAUAAUGAAAUAAAAAGUGCUAUUGUUAUUUAUUUAUAAUUGUAAUAUUUCAUUAUUUAUAUUAGGUCUCAUUUCAAAUUGUUGAAUUUUUAUAAAUUACAAAGUAUAAGAAAUGAAUUUGGAUUUAAUUCAACAAUUUGUCGUGCAAAAUUAUUCUGAUUCUGCAGGGAAAUGUCUUUCAAUAGUGCUAAAUAAAAGUGUUGAAAUUUGUUGUGGAUUUUUGAAAUUGUCAUAAAAAUGGCACAUCUGGAUUUUUUAUUUGAAAUGAGUGAUUUUUAUGACAAAUGAUGUACAUAAUGUUCAAAAGUGGUUCAAGAAUGAAUUGAGAAAAAAAUUGCUAAAAAAAAUGAUUUGAAUUUGUAACAAGUGCUCAUUUAUUUAAUUUUUGUCUUAGAUUAUUGUUCAUUAUUUUUUUCAUAUCUUUCGGAAAAGGGUUUUUUACUUUCUUUAAGAAAAAACGGAAAAAGUUGAAAAAAAAAAAUAGUUUAUAUCUUUAACCAUUAUUUCUUUGAUUAAAAACAUAAUUUCAAAUUUAUACAUGACUUAAGUUUCUGUAGACUGAAGAAAUAGUGUUCUGAUGCAAUUUAAUUAAUUUAAUUAUAUUUCUAGUUAAAAUUUUCCAUAUCAUUAAUGCUUAAAUUUUAUGCUUAAUUUUAAAAUAAACAAAAUUCUUAAGAUAUCAUGAUUUUGAAGACCAAAUUCCCAUAACAUUCCAUUUUUAUUUCAAAUCUUUAAUCAUCUUUUAUUACAUGUAUCUAUGUUCUUUUUAUAUUUUGUAACUUUUGCUGCUUUUUAUGUUGAAAAAGUGUUUGAAAAUGAUUUUUAAUAAGACAAUAGCUUGAUGGUAAUUUUGGGCCUAUUUCUGUACUUUUUGGCCUGCUGGUUCCCAAUUUGUCAAUUAUUUAAAUCUACAGUCAAAAUCAAAGAUCUGUAAUAAAUUGUUUACUUCAAAAGUCAAGUCAAACUAUCUGUAAUAAGUAGCAUAUCAAUUUUGCCAAAAUGUAAUAACAAACAGUGGCCCUAUAAGAAAUAAUGCCUCUGUCUUGUUUAAAAGUUCUAAAAUACAUAGAACAUCCUUUUUUGAAGUCUGAAAUAAGUCUUGCUAGUUAUGAAGAUACAGAAUAAGCCUAAUAUGACCUAUAGAUAAUCUAUUUUAUUAGGGAAAAUUAAGAUAAGCUACAAUCAAACUUCAAUGUUGCUGUGCCUAUUAGAAUCUUUUAAUUGCUUGCUUUAAAUCCAAUUUUACCUAAAAUAUCCCAACUGAUUUUACCAAACCUAAAUAUAUCAAACAAGUAUAAAUUUUUACCCUUUGUAAAUGCUCAGUAAAUCUGUUUUAGUAAAUCAACUCUAUUUGUAGGACUUAGUACCAACUGUUUUUUAAUCCCUUUUAAAUUGGACUCUUUCAAUUCAUUGGUUAAAGUACUAUCAAUGACUCCAUAUGAAAUGACUAAUAUUGGUACUUGUAUAUCAUUUUGUAUAUCACAUAAAUAAUGUGAUAUUGGGAUUAUGAGAGUGGCUUGGAAAUCGACUAAGAAUAUGGACUCGAGAAAAUGUAACUGUAUAAAUGUUAUUUAAGGCAUAAAGAAAAUGAUGUAUUUUUUGGUGAACUUAAGAUUUAGAUAAAAGUAUACCAACAUC